AUGUCUACCAACACCACAAGUUCCGACAAUUCCGCGCAGACGGCAAGUCCGUCGGAUUCCACCAGUCCAUCUUCACCUGCCACUCCUUCAACUAGCCCACCUAGUACACCACCGCCUGAUACCACAUCUACUUCCUCUACGACUUCAGAUCCAACGACGUCGCCGUCAUCAACAUCGACAACUGAAACUCCUCCAACCACCAGCACAUCUAGCACUAGUGAUACUCCCACCUCUACCCCCUCAUCCACUAGUUCUACCACGUCAACAUCAUCACCUUCUACGACAUCGACGCCAACUAGCUCAAGCAUUGUAUUUACUAUGACUCAGGCGAGCACGGGGGAGAACGGAAGCACAGCAAUUAUAACUGUCACUUCGACCCAGGUGACUGCUGGUAAUCCCCAGUCAACUAAUCAACCCACAUCCACAGAUGCAUCUGGCUCUAUCAUAACUUCCACCCCUGCCAAGUCGGGAGCUCUGGCCGAGCCGGCUAAAAUUGCUGUCGCCGUUGUCGUCCCAAUUGCUGCCGUAGCACUAUUAGUACUUGGAGGCAUCUUUUUCUGGAGGAAACGGAAGGCACGGAGGGAUGCGGCGGAAGAGAGGAGAAAAGAGGUUGAAGACUACAGCUACAACCCAAAUAACGAUCCGACCCUACCCGAUAUGGGAGCCGGCGCUGGCGGUGCUUACGAAAUGAAGGAAGACGGAUCAGGUUACCGUGGAUGGGGAUCCACCACUCUUGCGGGUUCAACUGGGAGGAAGGCCUCGACUACAAUGUCGGGCGGCGCAGCAGGUGUGGCUUACUCAGAUGCAACAUCGCCAACCAGAGGCAACUUUUCUGACACGAGAUCAGGAGACGGCCUUGUAAACGAAGGCUCCAAUUCACCACCAGAAGGUGAGAUCCUCGGUGCUAUGGGUCCGUCUGCUACGGACAACCGUGGCGGUAACGGUACCACUAACGUACAACGUGGACCGUCGAAUGCCUCGUCAUCUUACAGUGCUGCUGGAAGGUCCGAUGGCUCUGGUGACAACGCCGGUUCAUAUGGAGCCCCAGCUUACCUCGAUCAAUACGGUGGCAAUAACCCAUAUGCUGAUGGUGCUUACGGACAACAACAGGCAGGAGGUCAACCCGUUAUAAGGGACAAUCCAGCUCGACGCAAUACCCGCAUUGAGAACCCGUCGCACUAUCCUCAACAGAGCGCCGGUAUCUCACAGAAUUUCUAA